AUUUCUUCUGCCAAGUCCUGGGUGUUGGUGGUUGGUGGUGUUGGUAGUGGGGCCUUUGAUGUUGGUUCCUUCUCCCUUUGCUGAGUCUAUUCUUUUUCUCUUGCUCUUCUCUGGCCCUCUCCCUCUUCUGCUUCUCUCUCCUCUCUCUCUCUCCUGCUCCUCUUCUCUCCUGCUCCUCUUCUCUCUGGCCCUCUAUCAAUUUUCGAGUUUUUUUGGCCUUUUGGUAACAUUAUUUUUCUUUCUCUUGUUGUUUUUCUAACUCUAUUUUGCUAGCUGUCUCCCUUCCUCCUACUCUCUCUCCUCUCCUCUCCUGCUCUUUCUGCUCUUUCUCCCCCUGACCU